GCGACCCCCUCCAUCGUCAAGUCGCCGCCCCCGUCGCAAACACCCGCCUCCCUCUCUUUCCUCUCGACCAACCGGCCAAAGCCCCCGAUCCGAGACCGAACCCCUUGCCCAAGAUGCGCGUGCCCAACGCCGAGGACCCGCCCGAGCGGCCCGACUACAUCACCAACAUCAUCAACGGCCUCGAGAGGUACAACCCUGAGGCUGUCGGCACCCUCGAGAGCUACCUGACCCUCCAGUGUGAGGAGAAGUUCUGCGACUGCAAUGCCAACAGGACACUGCUGAAGCUGUACCAGCUCAACCCCGACCGCAUCAAGGAGGAGGUGGUGACCAACAUCCUUGUCAAGUCCAUGACGCAGUUCCCGUCUUCGCAGUUCAGCCAGGCCAUGCACCUCAUCAGCCCCUCGGCGCUCGCACAGCCGACGGAGCUGUCCGAGGCGAUCGGCAAGCUGCGCGACCUGAACCUGCAACUCGAGGGCGCCCAGUACGCGCGCUUCUGGGUUACCAUCGAGAGCGACGACCUGUACGCCGACCUGACGACCGACAUCAAGGGCUUCGAGGACAUGAUCCGCACCCGCAUCGCCCUGCUGGCCUCCCAGGCCUUCCGUGAGAUCCAGCUCCCCCUGCUCGAGGACUGGCUUGGCCUCAGCGACACCGCCCUCCGCAAGUUCCUGACCGAGACGUGCGGCUGGACCGUCGACGGCGCCACCAUUACCGUGCCUAAGAACCCGGACAAUGAGGCCAAGAAGGCCGAGAUUCGCGAGGAUGUCAACGUCGAGAUGUUCUCGAGGGUCCUGAGGAGGUCAUGGGAGGAGACUGCAUGAAGUGGGGUUGGCAGUUCGUGUGGAUUUCUACGUUCUUGGUCCAGUGCCUCGUAAAUCUAUCGUGUCUCUGUCCCCCGCCUCCUAUUCGAAGCAGGUUGUGGGGAUGAGUCAUCGGGAGGAAUUUUAGGGAUGCAUUUCAACGGCAAAAAAAGCUCAGGCGUUACGGUUCGGGUUCGGUUGGGGGCUUGGAGGCGGUGCCAUUCCCUGGGGCUCGCAUUGUCACAGGAAUAGAACUAGUGCACAAGCGACUAGGUACCUCUGCAAAGAGCGGCAGCUCUGUCGUUCUGUGAUCACCGUUACACCUCGUCAUGGGAUUAUCCGGCGGGAGAACUACGGAAUCGGCAUCAAUGGCACUCGAUUGCUCCUCAUCUUGUCUAAGCGGAUUCUCUAGUUGUGGC